CAUCACGUAUCGAAAAGAACAGUUCCUAGCUCUAGUUUCUCCUCCCAUUGAAGCAUUCUACAGUUUUUAGAGCAGGAUGGGGAAACAAAACAGCAAACUGAGACCGGAAGAACUGGCGGAUCUAAACCUGAACACGAACUUCAGCAAAGAGGAAAUACAGGAGUGGUAUAAAGGGUUCAUUAACGACUGUCCAAGCGGAAGUUUGAGCAUAGACGAAUUUAAAAACAUAUACUCUGAGUUAUUUCCCCUUGGCGACGCAUCGAAGUUCGCAGAACAUGUGUUUAGGGCAUUUGAUGAGAAUAAAGAUGGAACACUAGAUUUUCGGGAGUUUAUGUGUGCGUUAAACGUAUCCUCCAGAGGAACCCUAGAGCAGAAGAUACACUUUGCAUUUCGGAUAUACGAUCUUGAUGGCGAUGGUUACAUCUCAAAAGAUGAAAUGCGUGAAAUUAUCAAAGCAAUAUACAAAAUGGUGGGACCAUCAAUGAAAGAAGAGGACCAGGAACAAACACCGGAGGACAGAACGGAAGUGUUGUUCCGGAAGAUGGAUAAAAACAUGGACCAGCUCCUGUCACUUCCGGAAUUCAUAGAAGGCGUCAAGGGGGACUCUACAAUUGUCAAAUUUCUACAGUGCGAUAUUUAAUAUUUCAGAGUUACUAUAUUACAGACUUGCUAUUGAAUUUGUUUUUGAUUAAACAUCUGCUUCUUGUUGAUGGAAUAAACACUAUUUUGUACCCUAUGUAUUGUGUAUGUGUUAUGGCAGGUAUUUAUAUAUGAAACGCAAGGUUCGAGAACUUUGUAGAUAAUCGGUGACUGAUGUCAUCAGCUUGAAGAUUUAAUGCAAAAUUGCUUUUUGUAAGAUCUUUACAGUCCACGAUGUUGUAGCUUAGCUAAAACAUAUUUUAUGGUUACUGUUCUUGUAAAACAGAUAAAAUCAUGUGGUACAUGUACAUAUAUAAAAAUACAUUUUUGUAUUUGAUGAAGUGAAAAGAGAAAAAAACAUUUUUAUUUAUACAUCUUUAGUGACAUUACGUGUGUCAUUUAUUGUGCUUAAGCUUUUCACAUUUUCGACUUUUCCGGAAUUACGGUGUACGAUUAAUUUAAUAUUUUCUUAGCAAGUACUACUGAGCAAGAAAUAGUUGUAUUUAUAUUGAAGCUUCGAUGUAUAUUAUGUGUACAAAUGUGGUGGAUGCGUUUUUCUGGCUUAUCAUUCCCUGUAACUAUAUUUCUGUUCUCAUUAAUGGUAAUUUUUUUUUUCAAAUAUACCAAAAUUCCUUUCAACAUAUAUUAUUCAG